GAGAGAUAUUUAUCUUAUGAUUCCUGUUGCCUAUUGCUGCUCUUUAAAUGAGGAGAUAAGAAAAAAAAUCAAUUCGUGGAAAGAUCGCCCGAAAAUUUGAAUUAUCAAAAAUGGCUCGAGGAGGACAUAGCGAUGACCCUCCAUUCAGUAGACUAUUUGUACUUUGUGGCAAGAAAACCGAGGAAGAUGAAUUGAAGCAGCUUUUUGGCGACUAUGGCACCCUCGAGGAUGUAUGGUUGGUCAAAGAUCGAGCCACUGGAAUUUUCAAAGGUGUGGCUUAUAUCAAGUUUUCCAAAGCGUCGGAAGCUGCAAGUGCAAUGGAGGCCCUCAAUGGAAAGUUUGUGGAUUCUGCUCCCAAAGGUCUCAAGGUCAUUCUUGCCAAUAAAAAAGAGGAGGGCUCCCGAGUUGACAAUAAAGAAGAAGAGAAGAUGCUCAGAUUGUUUUGUAUCAUACCUUCAGAAGACACAAAAGAAGAUGUUAAAGAACAUUUUGAGCAAUUUGGCAAAGUUCAGAGCGUGAUGAUCAAUGAGGACAAAGUGACAGGAAAGAGGAAGAACUUUGGAUAUGUCUCUUUCUUCAGAGCAUCCCAUGCAGCCAAGGCCCUGGAGGAGUGUGACAGAAAAUACAAACCUAAAUUUGCUGAACCACGAGGCAUGAAGCGUGUAAGAGAAAACUCAGGUUCUUACGAUGAUCGUAGCUGGGGUGGGAGGUCAGAUCGUAGUGGUGAUCGAUACUCAGAUAGAAGCUUCUAUGGCGAUAGGGAUCGUCAUGGUGACAGGCACAGAGAUGAGGAUCGUUAUAUGGACAGACGUAGAUUGGACAGAGGCUAUGGUACAAGUGGAGACAGAGGAUAUGGGGGUAGAGACAUGGGGUCAAGAGAUAUUGGAGGUUCUAGCCACCUCAUGGACUAUGGUGUAUCUGCUAAAGCAAUGCAGCCAGGUUUUGGCAUGGACCUGUACAGUGAUGUAGACCAUGAGAACUGCACCAAUAUUCAAAUUGUUGGCUCUGUGACGCUAUCCAAGGGUCAGAUCAUGUCUCUUUGUGACCUCAUACCUGGUCUUGUUAAUGUUGAGGGUGCUCCCAGUUCCAGCAGAAUGACGUCCAGUUAUUUUGUAAAGUACAGCACACCUCAGUGUGCAUCAUACGCCAAAGCCAAACUGCAUGGGUUUGAGUAUCCUAUUGGAGCGAAACUUGUGGUGACAUACUCAGAAGACCAAGCGGACCCUUCCAGUGUUCAGAGUAAUCUUGCCACCCUUGCUGAGUCUAUUGCAAAGGCUGGCAACCUCUUACAAAAGGCAGGAAUGGGGAACUCAAUAAGACCAGAUGCAGCACAGCAGUUAAAUCAGUUGGUGAGUAGCAUACAGAAUGUGACGCAAGGCGGCUCAAUGAUGGAUGGGAACCAAGCUAUGGAUAGGAUCAGCUAUACCAAUAUACCUCUACCCCCACCCAAGCCCAUGUUGAGUCUAGAUACCCCGGUAGCUCAGAAAACCUUUGUCGUGUUCAACCCAGAGCCUAUCCCAAUUCAUAUUAUGGAGGAUCUGUUUUGCCGUUUUGGAGAUAUGAUAGAAGCUUACAUUGUUCCAGGACGUAACUUUGGGUACGUAAAAUACGCUAGCAAACGUGCAGCUGAGGAGGCCAUGAGUGUUGUUCAUGGACAGGAAGUGUGCAACUCACGUCUAAAGGUUUUACCAGCAGAAGAAUCACGUCAAGAAAAAGCUAAACGCUUGAGACAAGAACAAAUUGGCGAUGGAGAUACUGAAAUGCGAGAAUCAUGGGAUUAGCAAGGUAUCCUUUGAAUGACACUUUUUGAGAUCUAUUUUCAUUUUGUGAUAAUAGAUAUUAAAAUUUGUACAUGAUCUCAGGGAAAUUAAAUACAGUAUUAUCAUUUUUCAUUAAGUCUUGUAAUUUGGUGUAUUACUAUUAUUAUUUGAAGAUGUUUCUUUGGUUCCACUCUAUAUCAAGGUAAGUAAAGUGUUGAAACCGAUUGAAAUUGAUUAAAAUUCAAAAUUGAAAAUUAAUUGAGAAAAGAGUCUAUUUAUACUCAUUAACAUUUGAACAUAUUUGCAUAUUUGAAUUUACAUUGUAGUGACGAGAAGAAAAGACAGAACACACAUAAACAGAUGACGGAUGACUCUCACAUGGACGACAUUACAGCUUAAGAAGACUUUAUUUGUACAAAGACAUCACACACAAAAUGGAAACAGCUUUUCUUAUAGACCAUCUAAAUACAAUACUAGCUUACAUACUUGGGGACAUACAUAUACAAUGUCAAUAUACCUACAGAUAUACAUAUACAAAGAAGACAGGACACCUUGCAGUUGACCUUCACAAAUUAAAAUUUGGAGACAUGUAUUAUACAAACUAAGAGGACCAAACUGAGAAGACUAUUUCAACAAACAUAUGAAGUGAAGACAGGAAGUUUUUUGUCAUUGACGAAAGAACCAUUGGGAGAUAACAAAUUUGAUUUGUGCGGCAUAUGAUGUACGGUUUUUGACAAUGUAUUUGACAAAUUUUGAAAUGUAUAUGACAGUAUGUAUGUGACAAAGUUUGUGUGAUAAUGGGUAUUUGACAACAUGUAAGUUAAAACAUGUAGGUGACGAAAAGUAGGUGACAGUAAGGGACAAAUGUGUGUGACAGCAUGCAAAAAACAGAAGCAAUAGAGUAAUACUAUGAUACAGGUCCUUAGCUCGGGGAGUUUCAAGUUUGGGAACCCACCGUUGGCCAAAUUUUUUUUUCACAAAUCAUGCAGUUUUUCAUCAU